CCUGCAGAUUAGAUUGAGCAUUGAAGACACUGAUUGGUUUGGUCUACCUUCGCAUCCCAGCGAAACCUGACGGCUCCGUCCUUCCCGCACCGCUUGAUUCCGUUCCAUCAACAUGUCAAAUCCCGGAGCGAUGGGACGACGUUUCAGAUAACGCUCUAUGUACACCUCUAGACACACAUCCGAAGAGCAGACACCAAAUACCGUCUCCGUGGCUUCCGGAUCAAAUGAUCAGGAUGAGUAGGGGAUUGUUGAUAGAGAUGCCGCACGGUGCAUCUGUCCAAGCUAUAAAGCAGGGACAGUCCCUCACCUUCAUCACUCCCAUCAUCAACAGCAAGAUCAACCUUCUCAACAACUCUCACUGCCUACAUCACCGUUCAUAAGAACACAUCAUCAACCACCAUGGCUCCCGUCCUCAAGAAGUACAAGGCCGCAGCUGUCAAUGCUGAGCCCGGCUGGUUCAACCUGGAGGAAUCCGUCCGCCGGACCAUCCACUGGAUUGACGAGGCUGGCAAGGCCGGAUGCAAAUUCAUUGCCUUUCCUGAGCUCUGGAUUCCCGGAUACCCCUACUGGGCGUGGAAGGUCAACUACCAGGAAAGCUUGCCUCUGCUGAAGAAGUACCGCGAGAACAGCCUUCCCUCCGACUCGGAUGAGAUGCGCCGGAUCCGCAACGCCGCCCGGGCUAACAAGAUCUACGUGUCUUUGGGCUACUCCGAGGUCGACUUGGCCAGUCUGUACACCACCCAGGUCAUGAUCUCCCCCUCGGGCGACAUCAUCAACCACCGUCGCAAGAUCAGAGCCACCCAUGUCGAGCGCCUGGUGUUCGGCGAUGGCACCGGCGACACCACCGAGUCGGUUAUGCAGACGGAUAUCGGCCGUGUCGGCCACCUCAACUGCUGGGAGAACAUGAACCCCUUCAUGAAGGCAUAUGCCGCCUCUCUUGGAGAGCAGGUGCACGUUGCUGCCUGGCCUCUGUACCCCGGCAAGGAGACGUUGAAGUACCCGGACCCUUUCACCAACGUGGCCGAGGCCAACGCCGACCUUGUCACUCCCGCCUAUGCGAUUGAGACCGGCACCUUCACUCUGGCGCCGUGGCAGACGAUUACCGCCGAGGGAAUCAAGUUGAACACUCCCCCGGGCAAGGAGCUGGAGGAUCCUCACAUCUACAACGGACACGGUCGCAUUUUCGGUCCCGACGGCCAGAACCUUGUUCCUCACCCUGAUAAGGACUUUGAAGGGCUUCUGUUUGUUGAUAUCGACCUGGAUGAAUGCCAGCUUUCCAAGUCUCUGGCUGACUUUGGCGGCCACUACAUGCGCCCCGACCUGAUCCGGCUGUUGGUGGACACCAACCGCAAGGACCUGGUGGUUCACGAGGACCGUGUGAACGGAGGAGUUGCAUACACCCGGACGGUUGACCGGGUCGGACUGUCGGCUCCUUUGGAUGCACUGAACGCUGCUGCUGCGGAUUCGGAGAACUAGAAGAAUCCCUGGCACUCGAAUCGCCAUGCCCUCUCCACUCCAGCACUGAUGAAGAGGAUGAUGAUUAUCCAUUUGUACAUUAGAACCACAUGAAUAGAAGAAUUAC